CAAGGCGCUACCUACAAAAAUAAGAAAUGAGUGUCUGAAAACAAUAUAUUGCAAUGAAGGAGCAAUGAACCAAUCUUCGAAGGACUGUUAUUCAGCCACUCAAGCCUUUGCUCUGAAAUCCAGCACUCUCUCUCAGCCCCUUUGUUCUGAAGCCGUCGCUCUCAAACCCUUUGCUCUCACACUCUUCGUUAUCAGACACUGCAUCUUGGGCCACUCUGUUUUAUUUUGGUAUUGUUCGUUCAAUAAUUGCUAAAGAAGACAGUCCGCCUGACGCUUCUGCUCUCGUAUCCGGUGCUUUCAAGUGUCGGGUCCCUAGAUUCCCAUGUCCUCGGCGGUAAUGCUCGUAAGAGAAUGUGAUUCUACAUUCGCCUGGAGAAGUAAGUUCCAAUACCUUAAUAUGUAUCACAAGUGAUUUUUCCACAUUCAUUUCAAUAUUUUUUAGUUUCAUGUAUGUCAUAGAUGAAAACUCUAAUAAGCGAUUGUUCUUUGUGAGAUGAUCUAGAUAUUAGGCAUUUUUUGAUGAUUUAGUUUUUUAUGAUAUUUUUAUCAAUCAUUUGUCUAAAUUUAAAUGAAUUGUUAAUUCAGGUGUCAAUACUUAUGUUUUCAAUCUUAUAGACAUGUCAAUAAGAAAACCUUGUGUUACCCAAUUAACAUUGUUAUUCUCGUAGCAGCUGUUGCACUUGUUCAACUUUCUCUUACAUGUGUGCUUUAUAAUGUUUUGUAUGUACUUCAAUUCGAUUUUAGUUUGUUCUGUUAGUGCUUUAUUGGCCCAUAGUGAUUUGUCAAUCACCUUUGUUAAAAAUAAUGUUUUAUAUUCGAGAGAUGUUUCACUUUAGGAAGACCGUCGGUGGUAAUUUUAUUGAAAGAUUGUAUGUGUUGUCUCUUCCAGUUUUUUCUCAAAAUAAUUGUAACUCCCUUUCCUUUAACACUAGUACAAUACUGCAAUUCUUGUGAGAAAGCCUGUGUUCGACAUUUAAGAUUUGGACAUGUAUUGGAUAAAGUCAUUCGACUUUUGAAUAAUGACAUUCCUUCUGAUAUUCCACAUUAUUUUUUCUACUUUCAAUUGUCAAAUUUGUUUAGAAGAUUAUCUUUCACUUAAGAAUGUGUCUCAAUUCUGUUUGAUCUAUUAUAUUAAGAUUUGGGAGUCUUCUAUUUGAUAUUUUUGCUCAUUCAUGAACCUGUAAUCGCUAAUAUUUUAAAACAUUUUUUCUAUCAAACUCAGUUUGGAACCAGGUUAAGUGUUUUAGGUUUGACAAUGCGAAAGAACUUGCUUUUACUAAUUCUUUAGCAGAACAAGAAAUCCUCCAUCCAUAUUAUUGUGCGGGGAGGCAAAUUGAAUGUGGCUCGGACUUUAUUUUUUCGAUUCAAGUUGUCAAUUCAAUUUUCUGGAAUUGUAUGUCCAUGGUUGCCUUUGUAAUUAACAAGAUUUUUCUGUUUAUUGUUAUGUAUUAGUUAUUAGUCACUAGAUUUCCAUAUAAAUCAGGAUGACCUUAAGUAAUAAAUAUAUGAAGUUAAAAAUGUGAAGAUUUAGAUUGGAAAAGACUAGCUUUAUAAAACAAUGAAACAUAUUGUGCUAUACUCCGGUGAUCUCUUUCCUAGCACGCAAAUCCCCAUCGUGUGUAAUGCAGGUUUUUUUGUAGACAAUUUUGAAAAUGACUUAGUUACAUAAGAAAUCAAGUAUAAUGGGGCUAAUUAUACUAAUUAAAAUGCAUAGAUAAGGUCUAGUUUCAAAUAGAUAGUUUCCUUAUGAAUAAUGCAAUUCCAGUAAGAAAUACUAGAUACCUUUAUUAAUGAGCAUGCUUAUGUUUAUGCACAAAUUUGUCACAUGUUGAUAUCAACUUGUAUAAAAAUAUAUACAAUAAAUGAACAUGUAACUUAUAUCUUCUAAAUGAUUAUCUACGAGAGAGUUUAAUAACACAAAAUAGUUAAAAUCCAAAUAGAAAUUUAGUUGCGGUGUGAAGAUAGGUAGUAAUCUUUUCGUUUUUAUACCAGUAAUUGUAUGAAUGAACAAACAUAGUUUACCUUGAAUCAACAGUAAUUGUAUGAAUUGAGAGGUCACACAGUUCUUGUUGGCCCAACAAGAACCUCCCUUCACCCAAAAGAUGUUGAUGUUAGAUGAUGGGGAGCGAGCGAUAAAUAUCAGAGCAUGGCAGUAUGGCAGUUUGAGACAGAACUACCUCUAGUUUGAAUCUUUUGAAAAAUAUCUAUAACCUUUGGCAGUAAUUUUAGUUUGGAUGAACCGUUGGAGAAAUGAAAUUAUGAUAUUUGAGAUAUCAAAGAGCAAUAUUUGUCGUUCUAAUUCCUCAACCAUUCUGGUAAUUUUCUUUUAUUUAUUGAUGUUUCUCCUUCACUUUUAUUUCUCCUGUGAUUGGUGUUUCUCGAAUGAAUGAGAAUCGAAUUUUUGGUACCCAAAUAGGCAUUUCUUUGCACCUUUGAUGACAUCAGGCUAAAAUUUCAAUUUAGUUAAUGUUACCUAUCCCCUGUUUGUGAUAAUGCUCACUCUCUUUCUUGCUUUUCACUGUCUUCCUAUCUUUCUUGGCAUAAGAAUAGGGAAUGAGGGGUUUGCGAAGCCUUGAGGUCUGGAAACUAGGAGUUGUCAACUACAUUGAUGCAUUGAAACUGCAGGAAAAACUGGCCUUGGAUAGAAAGCUUCAUAGGAGACGUGAUACUCUUCUGUCUUUGCAACACCCCCCUACAUACACUGUGGGCAAAAGGCAAACUGUUCAUAAUUUGUUAAUCCCCCAGUCAGAGUUGGAAACAAUUGGAGCUGAACUUCACUACACACAAAGGGGAGGAGACAUUACAUUUCAUGGUCCACGUCAAGCCAUUUUGUAUCCUAUCCUAUCACUUCGUGAGAUUGGGCUUGGUGCUCGGAGUUUUGUGGAGAAAAUCGAAUCAACCAUGAUUGAACUGGCUGCUAUGUAUGGCGUGAAAGCUUGUCCUGGACAAAGUGGUGAAACUGGGGUAUGGGUUGGAGAAAGAAAGAUAGGUGCCAUUGGCGUUCGGAUAUCGGGUGGAAUCACUUCUCAUGGGAUGGCAUUUAACAUUGAUCCCGAUUUAAGCUACUUCAGGCACAUUGUUCCUUGUGGAAUUGCGGAUAAAGAAGUAACAUCUUUGAAAAGGGAGACAGAUGUUGUCCUUCCCGAGGGAGAAAUAGUACAGGAACAAUUGGUUUCAUGUUUUGCAAGAAUCUUUGGUUAUGAUAACCUGAUUUGGAAGGAGGAUGCUUCAGUAUAUUUUGAUAAAGAAACGGAAUGAGAUUCAGUUAUUUGAGCUAGCAUAAAAGUGUAGAUAUUUGUUUCUUUCUUUCAUUCUUUGUUAAAUCUUUAAGUUAAUACAAUUCUUUCUUAUCUACUUAUGUAUCAGAACAUGAUCGAAGAAUCAAUUUGAUUAAACUAGCCGAUGAAUGUUAUUUAAGCAAAAUACCAUAUUAA